AUGUCUUAAUAUCAACCAUAAAGAAUCAAUAUAUCUCGAACUCAGCCUUAACAAGACAGUUUAUUGCUAGAAGAUGAUUAUCAACAACUCAAGAGUCCCCAAUUUGCCUCCGAGUAAAAGUAAGCAUAUUGAUCAAAUUGACAGCACUCUCCCAAGAAGUACCUACAGAACACCAGAUGCCAGAGUCAACCAAUUUGAUGGGACAUCGAAUGAAGAAAUCUAUAAGAAAAAGUAAACACAACCCCUAUUCUAGAAUAAAUGAAUUGCAAAGAUAAAACGAUGAUCUAAGAUAAAAGUACUUAUAGGUCUCCAGUGAAAAUUAAGAUAUAAUCCAAGAGCAACGAGAGGAAAUAGAAUAAUAUUAAAAUGAAGUUAACUUAUUGAAGGAACAAUUGAUGCAAAAGGAAAUUGAAAUUUAAUAGCUAAAUGAUCUAAAUCAAAACUUAAAAUAAGAGAUUAGCGAUUCAGAGGGUAGUAUUAUAAUGUAAUAAACAUUUCAUAGAGGGUUUUGAUAAAUUGGAACAAGAUUAUAAAAAUAAACUUAAAAUCGGAAAUGACUCUCAAAAAAUAUUUUCAGAGGUCUAGCUAUUGGGUGAAGAAAAUCAGAAAUUACAAGAAGAGCUUCAAGAUAAAGAUAGACUAUAUAAUUAAUGCAAACAAUAACUAUAGAGUAUUCAGAUCGAUUUGAAUUAAUUGCAAUAGGAUAGCUAGUACAAUCAAGAAUUAUUGAAUCAAAAAGAUAGGGAAAUUCAUGAACUAAAUUAAUAAAUUGAAAGGAAUAAGGAACUCUAACGAAAAUAAUAGGAUUUUUCAAACAAAGUAGUAUUUUAAUCUAAUCUAUAGCAAGAUCUCUUGAAUAAGGAAGUUUAAAAAUUGAAUCAAUAAGUGAAGCAAUUGUAAAAGGAAAAUCAAGACUUGAAGAAUGAAAAACAAUUAGUCACGUUAGAACUUCAAGAAAAUAGAGCCAAUCCUGAAUAUAUGGGCAAAAUCAAUCUAUUGGGAUAGGUAUAUCAAUUCUAUAAUAUCAGGAAGUCGAAAGACUAAAUAAUACCUUAGCCUUAAAGAGUAGAGAAUUAAAUGAUUACAAAGCGUAGAUUACUAGAAUGCAAAAAGAAAUCUAAAAUUUAAGAAUGAAUGAAUUCAAAUUACAAGACAUGAAUAUGAAUUUGGAUAGCUUAAUUAAUCAAUACAAUAAGUUGAAAGAUGACAAUUAAAUUCUCAAAUAAUAAAUUGCAUAAAAACAAGUGAAAAUCAAUUCAGAAUUGGAAAAGAAAAUCCAAAUACUUCAAUAAGAAUGUGAAAAACUCUCAUCAUAACUGAAUUCUAGCAAGAAAGAGAAUGAUUAUUUAAGAGAACAACUAAAUGUUUCAUCUUAAUUCGAAGAUACAAAUAGGUUAUUAAAAUAAUAAGUAGACAAGUUUCAAAUGUAAGCUAAAUAGCUUGAAAGCGAAAGAUAGAGUUUAUUACAGGAAUAUUAAUUGCUAUCAAAUAGUUAUAAUAGCCAGAAAUAUAAUUACUCUUAGUUACUGCAAGAAUAAUAAGAAAAUAAUAAUUCAGUAUUGUAUAAUAAUUAAAAAAAUAGGUUCUCCAAUUAAAAAAUGAAAUCUAAAGAUUGUAAAAAAUGAAGCCAGAGACCUUCGAGAAAAAUCAAAAUAAUUGCAAUCACUAGGAUAUAAUCAUGUAAUAAUAAAAAGAUUUGGAAGUAGCUAAUAAGUAGAUUCCUUUGUUGAAAUAAACAAUUUAGAAGUUGAAAAAUGAAUUAGAUAUAACAAAAGAGUUCAUUCCUUAAAAUUCUUAAUAAUCAUAAUAACCAAAUAUUUAAUAGGAUUAAAAGUUGUUUGAUAAGUUACAAAACUAUGAAGUAAGGUUUCCUCAAUUAGUGGAGGAAAUCGAGAGACUUAAUUAAAUACUGACAGAGAGAAAUGAACAAAUCUUGAUUUACAAAAAGAACUCCUUUUAAGCUGAUUAAGUAUUGGAAAAGGUAAGUGCAUAUGAAGCAGAAAUUGAGAGAUUGAGAUAGACAAUAUUUUUAAAAUAAUAAACAAUAGAUUCAUUGUAGUAAUAUAAAGAGAAUCCUGGAGUCUAAGAUUUAAUUUUUAAGUUGCAGGAUGAAAACAGAAGGUUAUCAAAUUUAGUAGGAGUUAGAAAUAAUGAAAUAGCUGAACUUAAAUUUAAACUAUCAGAAUAUGAAUAGAAACAAAAAUUAUUGAGUGAAUCUAAUUCUGGAAAAUAUGAAUUGUAGAACAUGCUAUUAAAUUAGGAGAUUGAUUAAUUGAACUAGAAAUUGUUGGAGGCAAAGAAUGAGAUAAGUCUGUUGAAAUUGACAAAGAAUGAUAAAUUCAAUGAAGAAAGAGUAAAAGAAUUUAUAAAUGCUUUUAGGGGAAAGUGUUAACGUAGGAAUUAGAGAAGUAAAUGAGGAUAAAUAAGGAGAAUGAAAAAGAAUUAUUGAAUUUAAGAUCAAAAUUUGCAGAAGUUGUAGAUGCAGAAAGAAAAUUGAUUGAUUGCAAAUGUCUUUUAGUUUUAUUGUAUAAUGAAAUAGAACGAUUGAAUUAAGAAAAAGAAAAUGAUUAUUUGUUAUUUUGA